AUGGCGGCCGUCAAUCAGAAUAUGUUCGAUGCUAGCAUCACCACGGAUCGCCCCCGUGGCGCGUCGUUGAUGGUGCUACCGCUGAACCUAAUUGCCCAAAUCGUCACUAAUGUCGAAGAUACAAGCGACCUCGCCCGUUUAUGUCGAACAUGUCGCGUUCUCAACUACAUGGCGCUGCCACAGCUAUACCGAAGUCUGACGCUCACCUCCUACGACAAGAUCCGUUAUCGCGGCGACCAGCCUGAAGGAAUCGGAAGUGCGAGUCCGUUCACUAUGGGACUCAACGCAGUUAUAACGCGCCCGUUUGCGACGCUUGUGCAGUCAAUUACCUUGCGCGGAGACUGGAGGGAACAUGAUUUGGAAGAAUAUGCUCGAGUCGGCCGUGUGCCAGACUCGUCGAUGUUGCUGAAUAUUGCGGUCCGGGCGGCGAUAGACCGCACGACCGGUUUGGAGAGCUUCAGCUGGGAACUGAACACCAAAAUGCUCGAUACCGUGUACGCGGGCCUAACACAACUUCCUCGACUCCAUUCUUUAACAAUACGAUUUCCCUCCACCCGCCACCCACAACCUACGCAUGUCCUUCCGCCCAUGCCGCAUCUCCGCUCGCUAAAAAUCACCGAUAUCGACCCUCUUUGCUACCCGGAUGAUAUCGCGACCCUUCUUUGGAAGAGUAAAAAGUUGCGCGAGCUUAAGCUUCAUUGGUCGCCCCGUAUGCGGAUUGCGCAAGAACCGAGUAUUUCUCUGCACAGUUACUUCCGGAAAAGUAUCGCAGCAAAACAACCGCUUGCUGUUAAAAAGCUUUGUUUCCAAAAUUUAUAUGCUUUCCACAGUGAGGAAUUCAACCUUGCAUUCGACCCGACAACCGUAGAAGAUGUCACGUUCCUGAGUGGGACGGAUAGUUCCGGGUUGAUGAAUACAUUCGUGGAGCAAAGCUGGCCGACGGUGCCACCGCAUAAAAAAUUGAGGAUCAAGUCUAUUCGGAUGGAUGCCAUCUCAAAGCGAAAUUCAGAGUUCCUGGGGAAUUUCAAAGGACUCGAGCGAAUGUACUUUGUGAAUGUUACUUCUGAAAACCCCGACUGCCUCAACUCUCCUCGACUGACAGAUGCGUCCGCUGCCUCAGCGCUCACACCCCCCGUGUCCGAGAAUCCCCACGGUGCCAAUGGCACAACAGCCGCUUCUCCUGCCACCCAGGCUUCUCCAGCCAGCCAACUGAAUUUGGCGUUUGGCGGAAGGGAUAGUUAUCUGUCGACUGUUACGAUGAAUCAUGGUGCAACACUGCGCCAUCUACUACUCUGCUCGAAAUGGCCUCUCUCCACUGCCAUGGUUGCACGUCUUGUUCAUAGCUGCCCAAAUCUAGAGCAAUUGGGCUUAGCAACGGACUUCUCAAGCAUGGAAUCUCUCGGCAUGCUAGUUCCUUUCCUGCGAAAACUGGUAGCGCUUCGGCUUCUGAUCCCUGCUGGAUCACCAGCUCCUCAAAAUGGUCCACCUCGGGGAUCUCAGAAUAGUCCGAUAGACCCUACAGAGAAUCCAUUUCGGAAAGCCAAGAAUUUCCAUGCCAAGGCCUUUUCCCCCUCCGCGAAAUGUGUGAAAUUUGCCCCAGAAAUCGAGGAACACAUUAAUAGUGCACGCAGUCUGGCAGACAUUGUGGACCUAGAUGACGAGACAUUGAUCGAGAUGAUGAGUUACGACUUAGCCGAAAAGAAGAUUUUCGGUAAUGUCAAGAUUGUUGGAAUGGGCUGGAAGGUCUUCCAGAUGGGAGACUUCUACAAAGCCCCAAUUCCUGUUUAUUACGAAGAUUCCGAAACUCCUAUUGCCGGGACACCAGAUGAGAACCUCUGCAAUAACCGUCCCAAUGGAGGCACUGGCACACCAGAUCAACCAGCCUCAGCUUCAAAACCUACAUCCCCUGCCCUCCCCUCUGAAGCUGUCGCUGCACCAUCGUCCGCGUCUAGACCCCACCCGCCUUCAUCCUUAGGGAAACGCACAAGAAACGAAGAAGAAAAUGGAUAUGGGGAUGCACAGUCAUCACGACAUCCAUCUGAACUCCGUGAACUGCCGCCCCGAAUACAAACGUGUCACAGCUUUCCCACCAUGACCGAAGAUGGCCAAAUAUGGAGACGCCGUUUGAAACGGGUAGGCUGGGACGUGGUCAAACAUUGGGAGAUCUGGGCGCUAGAUGCACAAGAGAUCUAA